CUCAGUGCGCGGAAUCAUUUGUACAAAAAUACAAAAUUCCCGGAGUUAUUGGAUGCAUUGACGGAACACAUUUUGGGCUACAAAAACCAACUCACAACGAGCACAUGUUUUUCAACUGUAAUGGAUAUCACAGCAUCAAUUCUAUGAUAAUUUGUGACCAUGAAUACAGGAUAUUGGCCAUUGAUUCAAAAUAUGGUGGAGCCGCUCAUGACUCUUUUGUGUGGAAGCAUUCAGCACAAAGGCAAUUUUUGGAAGAGCAAUAUAAUCUUAACAAUUUGAAGAACGCUUGGCUUUUAGGAGAUUCGGGAUAUCUUUUAGAGCCAUGGUGUUUAACGCCUUACAGAAAUCCUGAAGAAGACUCAAAUCGAGCGCGAUUCAAUGAGGUUCAUGCAAAAGCUAGGUGUAUUGUUGAAAGAACAAUAGGAAUUCUUAAAGGUCGCUUGAAAAUCCUCAGCAAUGACAAGAGAAGUCGUUAUAGGCCAGAAAAAAUAGCGAAGUUCGGCAGUGUGUGUGCAGCGUUGCAUAACGUAUGCAUACAAUUUAAAGAUCCGUCAUAUUGCAGAUAUAACGUAUGCGAAAAUAUUGAAACAGAAGUGGAUAUUGGAAACGAAACUCAUUUAACGAAAAUCGGCCAAAAAAUAAGAGAUCAAAUAAUGCUCUCGUUAUCGAAUACUAUUUAGUUAUAACACUAUACACAAGAGUUCAUUCAAUACUUUAUUUAUUUCUAAAGAAAGGAAAAUAAAAUUAAUU